AUGGGUCGUGGUUCUGCUCAUUCACGCGUUGAUAAGCGAGAAAUAUUCGUCUAUCGGCUUUUGCAAUUUAUUGGUGUUGGUGCCGAUGCACAUUUCAUUCCGAGUGCUUAUUCGAGGUGCUACACAUCAGCACUCGCUUUGCAUAUCGCCACAAAGAGAGUUCAAGGAUUCCAAAAGAAACGUGCCCUCCGAUCCGCAUGUCCGUUUACAGACGAACAUCAAAUGCGCUUGGACUUGAUUAGGAAUCUUUUAUAUUUGGGCGACCUUAAUUCUAGAAACUAUGGGCUUGAUGACAAACAUCAGCUGAUUAUUAUAGAUUUUGUGGUACUACCCCAAGAAAGUUGUAUUCACAGUGCUACACUUUUUGGACAGCGACUCGACCAUCCUUCACUGAACAUGAUUAUAAAAAAUUGGAAGCUGCUUGAAAAUUUUACAAAGGCAACUGAGAGCAUUGCGAAUGAUUGCAAGCGGAUGGAGAGCAUUAUUUGGAGAGAUGGAUAUGAUAAAUAUUUGAAAGUGGUAUUGGAGAAUAUUAAGUUGCUCAAUAAUAUGUUGUAA